UUUAUCAAUGUUUCGCCUUUUAUGCUUUGAUAACAAACAAUUUAUUUUGAUUAAAAAUCAUAGAAAAAUGAAAGUGUUAAGUGACAUUAACUAAAUUAAACAUAAAGCUCAAAUAUGACUUAUAAAACAUCAUACGAAUAUCAUCACAAUUUUCCAAACUUGGCGGAAGAAUGUGGUUUUACAUUUAAUACACACCAGCCACGCGUCAACAUAGAAUGGAACAAAAUAAAAUUGAUCGAUAUUGAUUCAAUAAUAAGAGAUAGAAAAUUUGGUCUACUUGAACAACACAUUAAUGAUAUACUGGGAUGUGUAUUGGAAUCUGAAUUCGAUGUUCGAAUACUAGACGAAGGUGUACUAAAAAUAUUUCGUUUAUCACAAUUAACAGUCGAAUACCAACAAUUUUGUAGAAACUAUCUCGAUCGUAGUAUUUAUGUAAUGCGAGAAGAGGUUACAAGUUUACUUAAGGAAAUUGAAACAACUAGAAGAAGUUUGAAAGAAAAAGAGGAAGAAAUAAGAAAAUUAAAAAGAAAAAGUAAACAUUCUUUACGCACGCCGUUUCAUUACAGCAAUGAAAAUAUAGCUACAAUGCUUUUGAAAAAAUUAAAUAAUACUAAAGGAGACAUAUUUAGUUCCACUUCACACGCUGAUUUACAAUACAAUAAAUGUAGUUAUUGUGAAAAAAUAUUUUUAAAUCAAUUCUACUUAAAAAGCCAUAUAUCAAGACGACAUGCAGACAUUCUAAAUAUUCAGCAAAAAGAAGUUCCUGAAAAGAUUACAGCUAAUGAUAAUACAAAUUCUAAGUUAAAUGAAGAAAUAGAGGAACUUAAAGCAAAAUUAAAGCAAAUGGAAAUUUUAAUUAUAAAUACACGUAGUUCAAAUGGUCAAGAUAACGUUACAGAAAAUGAAAAUAUAAUCCAAAAUGUUAAGCCUAAUAACAAUGAAAAAUUAAUAAAAGAAAUGAAGGACGCUGAAGUCUCAACAGAUGGGAAUAUGCAAAACAAGAUUGACACUUGGAAAAAAGAAGAAUACGAAAAAUAUAAUCAAGAAAUAGUACUUUUGCGCAAACAAAUUAUUGAUAUAAUUAGCAAUAAAGAAAAGCAGGAACAAUCUUCGUUUCAAAAUGAUUUAAAAAUUAUGGAAGAACUACAGGCAACAAUCAAGCAGCAGAGUUCGGAAAUAAUAUCAUUAAAAGAGGAACUUCUCAAGGGAGGUGAAAAUGAAAAAGAGAAAAGAAAAGAGAUCGAGAAUCAAAUGGCCUAUUGGGUGAAACAAGCAGAAAAGCAAUCAAAUGAGUAUAAAGUAUUAUUGCAAAAACUUAAUGAUGUAACGAAUGAGGCGCACGAAUAUCGUGCUCGAGCUGAUGCAGAAAAAGAAAAAUCUUCAAAGUUACAAGAGAUAUUAGAACAACAUUUAAGCAGAGCCCCGAGAAAAGAAUUAAAUCACAUGAAUAAAAUAAACGACAUAAAUAAAGAAAUAAGCGAGACAAAUCGUGUGGAUACAUUGAGAACUACGCAAAAGACACCUACAGCAGACUUAAUUACACUUUCUAAGCUUCAACAAAAAGCACAGGAGCUUCUGAAUAUGAAUGAGACAAGUACUUGUGAAAGCUCAAGUACAUGUGACGAAAAAAUUAAAACAAAAAAUGUAAUUAAAAAUUCUUCGAUUGACGAUAAGCCUGAAAAGCAAUGUAUGAAAAAUAUAAAUUCAAAAAAAAGUUCAUUUUCCUAUGAAAUUGAUACAGUCAGAAAAUCUAGAAAUAAAUCCGAAAAGAAACCUAAAAAUAAAAUAAAUUCUAUCAAACACACAGUUUCAAAAAAGGAAAAUGGUUAUGUUCACAUUCCUAGCAGCCCAAUGAAAAUAGUAAGAGCAAAAGUGACAGAAGAAGUUAACCAACGAUUGAUAUCCCUUGGAGUGGACCCGUUGAGAAAUCGACUUCCCCAAAAUACUUUUCGAAAACAACGCGUGCUCUUACAAAAAGAACAGGAGACUAAAACAAAGAGGUUUCCAGUAAGAGAAAAAAUAUUACAUUCAAUAAUGGCUCAUUUAGAUGAAUCUACUGCCAAUAAAAACGUUUCCCCACGAAAUGACUAUAUUUCACCGAACAAGUCGCCUAAAACAUUCAGUCUCUCAUCAGUUUUUACUAAUGUUAAGACAAAAGCUUUAUCAUUUGUGAAAUCUAGUGAAGCUAUUAAUAACACUAAUAAAUCUUAUAAUGACAUAGCAAAGAAAGCAAUAGCAUUACUAAAGACACCUCCAGAAUCUUCCAAUACCAGUCCAAUAAUCCAACGACACAGUGUAAUUUCUCCUAAGAAAACUGGAAGAAAAGUUUCAAAACCAAAAAGGAAUAUUAAAUAUCAAUCCUCUAAAUCACUAACACAAAAUAAAAAUUCUGAAGCUUUUGAUAUGAACGGUGUAAGUGACGACACUAACUCUCAGUCACUUGAACAAGAGCGCACUCAUAAACAAAAAGCAAGGGUCGUUAAUAACGUAGUGAAAUCUCCAAUACGACGUCCAACCGACGAACCUGACAAUCAAAACUCCUCGAAUCAGAGAUUUCUUAGAAAUCGUGACGAUAAAUCUUACCCAAAAAAUGAUGAUUUAUAUCAAACCGAAACUGAGGAUAUCAUAAUCAACAAAAAGACAAUUUUGGAAAAAAACUAUGAUAGUAGUGAUGCAAUAGAGUCUAUAAUUGACUCAUCACCAAGAAAAUUUUAUUCCGAAGAAAACAUUAAUAAUUUCAAACAAACAAAAGGGGUUUUAAAAAAUGCGUCUUCUACAUCUUCUUUAAAUAAAAAAAAAGUUAUUUUUGAUAUGGACGCAAUACAAAUGAAAUCUCUGAGUGCAUCCCCAUCACAAAGUAUUACAGAAAAAACCGAUAAUAACGAACAAAUCGAAUCUGGAAUUGUGAAUUUGGACACUGAAGAAUGGGAUAUUUCUAGCAUUGAAAAUGAACAUCCAACAUCAACAAUCAAAGUUCAAGUCACUUCACAUACAAGCCCCAAAAUUGCCGAACUGAAAAAAUCAAUAGAAUCACAACUUACUCGUCGUAACCCAACUCUUUCAACUGCUUUAGUUGGUGGAGUGGAUGUUUUAACAGCACCCAUACAAAAAGCGACAAAUUUUGGUGGCAGUAAUACUAGUCUCGGCAGUUCUAUCCUUGAUGACACAGACAGCACACCAGUGCAAAAUAAAACUUUUGUUAAAUCAAUUCAUGUUGAAAAAGAUGAUAGUGAAAUAGAAAUUUCAGAUUUAAUUAAUGAUGCAGUAGAUAAUAAGACUUACGUAAAAUCCUAUUAGGUAUAAGAUUUCAUAACAAUUAUAAUAAAAAUAAGAAUAUUCAUUUAUUUACUAUAAAAUAAAUCAUUCCUACAAAACACAUUGAUAUUUAAAGACCACAA